GUUGGAUGGGUCUGAGUUCUGAUGAUCCUCUGUUAUGAGCUUACAAUGAUGACUAUGGUGAGAAACUUUGACCCCUGGGUCUUAUUUUUCUCCAAAGCCUACUUCAUAGAGUUGUGAGGAAGAUUAAGCACAGACACAGACUGGGACAGUAUUCAAUAAUGCUGGAGAUACUAUUCCUCUCUUUCUUUAUACAUCUACUUUACUGAGGAAAGAAAAUGUGGCUGCUGUUCAAAGACAAUUCAAUCAUGAAAGCUACUAUCUGGCAGUGAUAAAGAUCAUGCCUAUGACAGCAGACUGGUUGCACUUGAAUUCUGGCUUGCCCACUUACUUGUUUUGGAUGCUUUGUGACCCCCUCUAUCCUUCAGGCCUCUGUUGCAUACAUCUGUCUCAUAAACAUCUUGGCACAUAGAAACAUUUAACUAAAUGAUAGAUUUUUAUCAUUGUCAUCCCUCACAUUCAUUUGGCUGGAAUUCCUCCAAUCCUAGGUUCCUGGAAUCUGCUCAUGGGAGUGAGGUCCAGGAAGAUAAGCUGAGGAACAGGAGAAGCUGUGAUGAACCAAUGCAGACCUAACCUCUGGGGUUUGAGAUCAUACAGCACCCAUCUAGUUCCCAAAUUAACUUUGAAUAACCUAUGGCCAAUGGAAUAAACAAGUUCUUGGUGCUCUUCCUGUUAUACUGAGCCAGAGACUACCAUGGCAAAAUCUUUCCCCCCAAAACCCAGACCAGCAAGAAACCACCACCAAAGUCCCUAGAAGUAAUGUAAAUGUCAAGUUGGAAGGACAUAGAGUGGCAUUUUGCCCCAUGUAUGAAAUAUUGAGAGUCUCAACUGAAUGACCCUAUACUAGAGUGAGAUUGCACUCAUGACUUCUAGGAAAAGAAAAAGACUUGUUUCAUGAAGAAGGUGGCCAUUUAUCUCACAUUUAGGAAAAUUCAGUGUCAAGUAGAGACAUGCUCUGCCUCUGACUGAACAGCCAGACAUACUGGGGAGGAAUCUCACCAAUGCAACACCAGCCCUUGCCCUCGUGAUCUCAGGUGCUUCAUUUAAAUGGCAUCAAAUUGCUUCAUUGCCACCCUAUAAAAAGUCUCACCAAAUGCCAGUUCCUCAGAGCCUUGGCUUCUUCCAGUGUUGCUCCUGCCAGGAAGGAAGAAUUUUCAAAACCACAGCAGGAUGUGUGACCAGCAGAAGCAGCCGCAGUUUCUUCCAUCUUGUGUGAAGGGUUCGGGACUUGGAGCUGGGCAAGGUGGCAAUGGUGGUGCCUUUGGAAAGGGCCAGGUUUCAGGCCAAGCUUCAGGCCAAGUUUCAGGCCAAGUUUCAGGCCAGGUUUCAGGUCAAGCUUCAGGCCAGGCCCAAACUGUUUAUGUUCCAGGACCUGCCCCUUGCCAGCCUCAAACCAUCGUGAGAUACUCAGCUCCAGUUCCCGCUCAAACUUAUGUGAGAUAUCAAGUUCCAUGCCAGACCAAAACCUAUGUGAAAUGCCCAGCUCCCUGCCAGACGUACGUGAAAUGCCCAGCUCCAUGCCAGACUACUUAUGUGAAGUGCCCACCCCCAUGCCAGACGACUUAUGUGAAGUGCCCACCUCCAUGUCAGACGACCUAUGUGAAGUGUCCAGCCCCAUGCCAGACGACCUGUGUCAAAUGUCCAGCUCCCUGCCAGGCUCAGACGUAUUAUGUCCAGUAUCCAGCUCCUAGCCAGACCUACUACACUCAGGCUGCUUCAAGUGGCUCGGGUUCUCAGGGAGGUGUCCCUGACCCAUGCUCUGCUCCCUGUUCCAUGAGCUACUGCUGUUUGGCUCCCCGGACCUUUGGGGUGAGUCCUCUGAGACGCUGGGUCCAGCGGCCCCAAGGAUGGAACACAGGAUCUUCUAGCUGCUGUGAGGAUUCUGGGUGCUGCAGUUCUGGGGGUUGUGGAGGCUGCGGCUCUGGAGGCUGCGGCUCUGGAGGUUGCGGCUCUGGAGGCUGCGGAGGCUGUGGCUGUGGUUCUGGGUGCUGCUGUUUGGGAAUUAUUCCCAUGAGGUCCCGAGGUCCUGCAUGCUGUGACAACGGGGAUGAUUGCUGUUGUUAAAUACAAAAGGACAGCCCUGCUUCCAAAAUUUACCUCCUGCUAUGUCUUCUGAUCCCCCCCCCCCCGCCUCUGUCAGCUUCCCUGGUCUUCCUUACUUUACCCCUUUAUCAAGGCAUCCUGCCAGAGUUAGCAUAACCCCAAAACUGUGGCAUGAAUAAAGUUCC